GCCACUCAGUCCACUCGCAAGAAACACCGCAAUAAGACGCAGCACACACUCGUUAUUGACUUUGUCACACUUAAUUUAUUUUUGUUGGCUGAAAGUUAAAAUAAAUUAAGCGAUUAAUUUGGGUGCUGUGUGUAACCUCAUGAUUCGCGUACAGUACUCACCCGCGUGUGAUCACUGUUGGGGAAACAAGUGAAUAUAUUUAAAAAUUGUUAAACAAGCAUUGCAACCACUAUUUGUGUCCUGGGAAUUAUAUACGAGUGGUUCCUGGAAAAAUAUUUACUUACAAAAGCGGAAAUAUAUUAACCUUUUGUGCUAUUUGUGUCAGUGUCUUGUUAAAAUGAAUAUGUUUCCAAACGCCGCUAUAAUUUAAUACGAAAGUGCCGACGGUAAAGCCAUGAUGUGAAAAAAUAAAAUUACGUUAACUUAUACGACGUUUAAAGAAACGUUUAGAAACAUCUUUAAUCUGGAUAAAUAAAACCAACAUGGACGCGUACGCUUUACCAACUUAUUUUCCCCUUGCAUACUCGGAACUACAAUUCCUAGCAUCUAGGCGAGCUGCAGCUGUAGCAGCGGCGGCAACUGUGUUACCAGGUUCGCCAUGCCUUAACCACGUUCCGAUAGCAGAUGUUAGUAGCUCGGUGACAGUUCCGCCCUCGUUGACCGGGAAUGAAGCAGCGGCAUCGGACUCUAUAAAAGUGCCGGUUUCUAUUCACACACCAAUUAAUACUGGGAAUGUUAGCAACCACACAUUACUAGCCAACUCAGCUGGUCACCAUCAUCAUCACCAGCAUCAACAUAUUCAUAGUAUAAAUGUAGGUGGGCAACCUCAACCGCACGAUUUCCACCCUGCCUACAGAAUUCCCGGAUACAUGGAACAAUUUUACUCUCUGCAACGGAGCAGCCCCACUGCAUCCUACCAUGAUCCAUAUGCUAACUGUGCCUCAGCAUUCCACUUGGCCGGGCUUGGAUUAGGCUCAGGUGACUUCUUGGGUACGCGAGGUAUGGGUUCUCUGGGUGAAUUGCAUCACGCAGCCGUUGCAGCAGCCGCCGCUGCUGGAUCACUGGCAAGUACAGACUUUCACUUUAGUAUUGAUGGCAACGGACGACUAAAUAGCCCGCGGCCGGCUACUGGUAGUAUUCGCGCAAGCGUAAGCCGCAAACGCGCGCUGUCUUCAUCGCCAUAUUCGGACUCAUUUGAUAUUAAUUCAAUGAUCAGAUUCUCACCAAAUUCACUAGCCACGAUUAUGAAUGGUUCGAGGGCAAGCAGUGCCGCUAGUGGGUCAUAUGGUCAUAUCGCCGCUAGUGCAUUGAGUCCAAUGACACACGCCCACACAUCAAUAGCACCACGUCUACAGCAAAUACAAGCACAUUUGUUGCGUGCAAGUGCUGGACUUCUGCACCCCAUGACCCCGCAACAGGCGGCUGCUGCCAGUUUUUCCAUGACCCAUGCAGCUAACGCUGCUGCUCUAGGCCUAAGCGAUUCCAAACCAAAAGACUUACACUUACCCAUUCUUUCGUCGAAAUCACCGGUAGCGAGAACAGUUCCAAAUGAAUCAAAGGAGGUUGCUGCUUUAAAGAACUUCGACGAGGGAAACCAGAAGGCCCGACAGUUAAAAAACAAACCCAUGGAGCAGCCAUCAUCCACAUCUGACAGCGUGGCACAAGUAGAAGCGGAUAGCGCCUCUUCGAAUUUAUUAGAGCGCCGACAACGUAGUAAAGGCUCAGGCAGCACUGGUAAUGUUAAUGGGAUUGGACAGAGUAGCCACGUGGAGGAAUUUGUCAACUUUGCCUCUACAUCGACUCCAUCGAAUGAAUAUGAUUGUACCACUGCCGACACAACAGAUAUUAAGGACGAGCCCGGGGACUUCAUUGAAACAAAUUGCCAUUGGCGUAGCUGUGGCAUUGAAUUUAUGACCCAAGAUGAACUUGUUAGGCACAUAAAUAAUGACCACAUUCAAACCAACAAGAAAGCUUUCGUCUGCCGAUGGGAGAAUUGUUCACGAGGUGAAAAGCCAUUUAAGGCGCAGUAUAUGCUGGUUGUACACAUGCGUCGCCAUACCGGUGAAAAACCACAUAAGUGCACGUUUGAAGGUUGUUACAAAGCUUACUCCCGUCUGGAAAACCUAAAAACACAUUUGCGUUCGCACACGGGAGAAAAGCCCUACACCUGUGAGUAUCCAGGAUGCAGCAAGGCCUUCAGUAAUGCCAGUGAUCGUGCGAAGCAUCAAAACCGAACCCACAGUAAUGAGAAGCCAUACGUUUGUAAAGCUCCUGGCUGUACGAAACGUUAUACCGAUCCAAGUUCGUUGCGAAAACACGUCAAAACCGUUCAUGGUGCUGAGUUCUAUGCUAAUAAGAAACACAAAGGCUUGCCUUUAAAUGAUGCAAACUCUCAACUAGAAAGGGACAAUGGCCAGCAUCGACAGCAUUUGCAGGAACAGCAUAUUGACUCAAGCCCUUGUAGCGAUGACCUGCAUAUUGGAAAAAUGAUAGGCAUGUCCAGUCCCAGUAUUAAAUCUGAAUCAGAUGCCAAUUCUCCACAUCAUUUAAUAUCAAAUGGUGGUGGCGCCGCAGCUUCCGAAUGCUUUAUAUCAUACACGCAAGACGAUAUUGCCGAAAACGGUGGAUUAAAUGAUUGUUGGAACUGUGAUGAUGACGUCGAUGUGGCCGACCUACCUAUUGUCUUGCGGGCAAUGGUUAAUAUUGGGAAUGGAAAUGCGUCUGCGACUUCUAUGGGGGCAACUUCUAUGGGUCGUCAGCGCUUUCGCAGUCGACUUCAAACUAAAGGUAUAAACUCGUGUACUUCGAUGCUUUGCAAUAUUCCGGAAAGUAAUCGUGCCAUUGGGAUUAGCGAACUUAACAAACGUAUUACAGAGCUGAAGAUGGAGCCAGGCAUGCCAACGGCUCAAGUUCAAGCGCGAGUACCUGCUAAUACAGGUUUAGGCGGCUUGCAAGAUGAUUUAUUACAAACUCAAUCACAGAAUCGCAACACUGCUUUAACUAAGCAGGGCUAUGCAUCAGUACAUAGUUCUCUACAAGCUCAGUAUCGACGAGAUAGCCAGAACUCCAAUGCCAGCACAUAUUACGGCAGCAUGCAAAGUCGUCGUAGUAGUCAAUCAUCGCAGUUAUCGUCUAUGUCUACUAUGCGACCGAACCCUUCCUAUAACACGACAUCGGCUUCUCUUUACGACCCAAUUUCACCUGGCUGCUCUCGCCGAUCCAGCCAAAUGUCAAAUGUUGCAAGCUGCUAUGCCGUGACACCAACAACAGGAUCGAAUUCCACAGACAAAUAUGCGAAUUUAAACUGUGGCGCUGGUGCACAAAUAAACGACAGGCCUGGCAAUCCAUAUUUUGUCCCUAAUAACAGUCUUCCGCCUCCUCCGUCUUCACAUUUGAUUGCAACUAAUCUGAAGCGCUUGCAGGGAUCAAAUGGUAUUAGCAGCUAUCAACAGGAAAAGGCUUUUCAAAAUAGCGGACGUUAUUCUACUCCCAAUAUUAUGCAGUCUCCGCAUUCUGGGAACUACCGACAGGAAGCAGGGUUAGAGUUCGGUAAAUCAGUGCAGAAUGGUGUAUCUAGGCGACAAUCCGAGCCAUUAUUGCCGAAUCUGAGCCUAGAGCCUCAUACUUUGAAUGACACAAAUAUGCGAAACUCCAAUAAUAGGUAUAGAACUUGCACAGGUGAUACUCAUGGGAAUGAGUUCAAAACCGGGCAAGAGACCAUUCAAAUGCAGGAUGGUUGCAAUGUCCCAGUCACCACUGGGAACAUGCUUACGAUCCCUGAGCAACAUCCAAAUGAAAGAGUGAAUUUGGAUGAAGUUGAAGAGCUCAUAUUACCCGAUGAGAUGCUCCAGUAUCUUAAUUUGGUCAAAGAUGAUGAUAAGCUGUUGUCUGGAAGGGGGCAUGAAAAUAGAGAUACCUCAACUGGCGUAGCAAACCCCUCAUCAGCUAUUGAUAAUCAAGAUCGACCACCUGGAAAUUUAUUAAAUCAGCAGUUGGCGUCACAUACCUCGAACCUAGACAUAUCAGUAGCAAUUCGACCGUAUAGUACGUCGCAUCAAAAUGGACGUGCCUUCGGCAUAUUAUGCGCACAAAGAGAUCAGAUAAACGCAUCUGAACUCCGUCGUCCUGCACAGACUGUAUGUAAUAAUUUCUCGCAGAGAUUUGAUAAUGGCCAAUACACCCAACUCCAAGCACUAUCUUUUGAGCAACAACCAAUAACAGCAACCCAGAAUCAAAUUAUAGAUUCAUCAAUGACAAGUUUACCAGAGAUAACGGAUAUUUCUACUAAUACACCAAUAGCUUCAGAUGAUAAAGGCCUAUUGAAUAGUGAACAUCAAAACAAUAACGUAAAUGAGAUUCAAUGCGGUGUCAUAAGCCAGUCACAAAUGUCACCAUCUAUUAACACAAAUGGCACUGGCCAAGUGCCGACCAUAAGGCCACAAACCCAUAGUUCAAGUAAAUUCCCUAUAAAACCCGCCUUAAAAAAUGUUCAGCUUACGUGUCUCUCUGCGAUGAGCCCAAAAAUCGUAACUGAAAACCAACUAAAUAAUGUAACUUCAAUGCAUUUAGAGACUUACCAACGUACCCUGGAAUAUGUUCAAAGUUGUCAAAACUGGAUGCAGACAAACAACGCCGUUGCGGGCCAUGUUCAUGCUACUGGAACCACCGCUAUCACCAACAUGCAAGUUUCUAGCAACAAUCCCGUGUGGCCGGACGUAAGCAGCUCGACUCACCCCCAUGCGGGAAUAAAUAUGGUUAUCAACGAUAUGACUACAUCACUGACCUCACUUUUAGAGGAGAAUCGAUAUCUACAGAUGAUGCAGUAGAGCUCUGCGUCAAAAAAAACAAUGGGACUAAAACUGCGAAACCGCCUGCGAGAUUAUUAAAUAUCCGACUCAAGUCACGAAGUUCAUAUUUUCAUAUAAACAAGACAAUCCAAUAUUUAUUGUUUAGAUUUGAGUGGAAAACAAAACCCAAAAGAAGCCCCACUUGCAUGUCGUAUAUACAUGCUAUAUAUGAAUAUAUGAAUUGACUAUUUAAUUUUCAAGUAUUAUUUUUUCUAUUAUAACUAAGAAUAUUGAAAAGGCCAUUUGAUAAAAAAAGGACUAUUAAUUUUUUAAGAUAUACAUACAAAAUGAUAACUGCCUGAAAGCAUAGAUGAACUAAAAUGCUUUUAAGUACUAAGGUAAUAUUAUACAAUCUUGACAUGUGUCUUCCAAAUCAUUGAUAUGAUUUAAUUCCCUGUAAUACAAAUAUUCAUAUUUUUGUAACAAAAAUUACACUUGUUUUUUACACCUACCUAAACACAUAUUUAGACAUUUAAGUAAUCUACAAUAAACCAUGUUCCCGACUUUCUUUCUUGAAGAGAUUGAUGGUCAGAGCAAGACACCCUUUAAUGCUAAGGUAUAUUG